GUGUCGGUAUCUACGGUGCCGGCUAAAGAAAAGCAUCCUGUCCUGAACAGGGAGGAUGAAGCUGCGAUAAUGGCAGCUGUGUCAACUCUAACACGGAGUGCUUACAUCAGCAGUGAAGUGGAGGACAAUUGGAAGGUUCUCAAUGUGCUUCACAGUGCUGCCAGUCAAGCACUUGAUCUUGGGUGCACACCAGGACUGGACGCUAUCAGAGAGAACCCACCUAAGGUUCCAGUCCUUAUAGGAGCUGAGGCUGGCUGCAUUACCCGCAAAGAUAUCCCAGUGGACAGCUUUAUAAUUUAUCAAGGUCGACUGUUUUUACCUCUCAGCGGCAGUUAAGCUCUCUCUUUCCAUACGUUGCUGU